UUUUUUUUUUCAAUUUUUUUCAAUUUUUUUUUCAUAUUUUGUUUUUUUCAUUUUCUUUUUUUUUGUCUUAGAUGUUAAGGCACCUAGCCCCGGGUCCUCUCCCACUACCUACGCAAAGGGGAAGAAAGGCAAAACCUCACUUCCGAAGUCCUUGAACUCACUUCACGCUCCUCAUUGACCAGUUUCAACACUGUAGCAUCUCAUAUAUCACAUCUCGUAUCUGUCCAACAUGCUCGUGGACAUGGGUCACCUUCACGUUCACAUCCACAAAAUCAGCCGGUCACGCUCAUGCCAAAAACUCAAAGAAGAAGACAACAGGAGAUUCAGCAUAGCUUCCGCUCUCCAUCAACACAUCAAAGACCUCCCCGCGCCAGCGCACGAGUUCGAUCCUUCGUCGCCCGCCAAAUCCAACUUCACCAGGAGCAGCAGCAACAAGAUCCCAGUAAGGCCUGCCCUGCCAGCCAUCUCCACCAUGAAGUUCUGGGACAAGAUCUUCCGUCCAGCAAUGCGUGAGCUGCAGAAGCGGGAGGGCCCGUGCUGUCCGUUGCCCGAGUACAACAUCCGACACAGAUCCAGCUGGGAAGAAGUGGAGGACUGUCUCGUACAGGCGAGGGAGCGUUACGACGGGGAUCUUGGCCGACGCCGAGGAAGGUUUAAAGAUCGGUGUCGCCAGGUGGCCGAUUACGGCCAUGUAGGAGUUCAGGCCAUCGAGUUUGCCAAGGACCUGGAAUAUAUGUCGGUGGUUAUGGGGAUUGUUAAGCUGCUUGUUGAUGCAGCAAUCGUAGCAUCAAGAGUACGCGAACAUGCUAGGGCAUCUCUCGACCUCAGAGCCCUCAAGCGGCAAUUCGCCCAAAUUGAGGUCCUCCUGAUGCUCCAUCCAAAGGACAAGAACAUCCAGGAAGCGGCAACCGCUCUUGUGGUUGACAUCCUCGAAGCUAUCGAAGAAGGAAUCGCCUUCUUCGUCAAGCCGAAACACCGACGUGCCAUGGCAGCCAUAGCCCACGGUGACCAAUAUCAGCAAAGAUUUCUCAACAAGCUGGAAAGCGUCAGAGUGAGCUGCGAGUGGCUCAAAGAGAACGGGCAUUUUUCCAGCACGUACUUGAUGAUUCAUGCUUUCAAGAAGCUUCUCGAAGAUCAAGAAGCAAACAGAGGCACAAAACUUGCACUGGGACAGGCACAACGGAUGGGGGAAUUUGGAAUUGCCUGUCCCCGAACCAGUCACUUGGAACUACUCGCCUCAAGGUUGGAAGGCGGCCUUGACCGUCUUGAGGCCUUCGGCCAUAAGCUCGAGUCUGGAGUGUUGCGAGCCCUAUGCAGCAUCUCGUCGAGUGUCUCUCAUAUGCAUGGCGUAGAGGGACAACAUCAACUCAGCUUGGAGCAAGAGGUGAAAGGACAGAAUCACCUCUUCCGAGUCAUUUCGGAAGGAGUCCUUUCGGAAGUGAAAAUGUUGGAGGAUGAAUCUGAUGACGAGAGUGAGGAGGUGUUCUCGGACUGAACGGGGCAUGAUCGUGAGUUGAAACUUUAGAAACCGGCAUUGGCGUUUUGGUGUUUUGCUUCGGGGCUUGGGGCUUGGAAAGAAAAAUGGUUGGGUAACAUGGCGAGGGCUGGUCCCCGACACCAAGUUAUGAGGUUGCUAUGUGAUAUCUCCAGUGUUAUGGGUCUUGGACGGAGUUGGAAAAUAUACCCG